AUGGCCGACAGUCUGGAAUAUCAACCCGCAGUGGAAGUGGAUGAAAACGCGAGUUUGGAGACUGAUUCAGCCUAUAAUGGAUCCGUCGGGUCAGCGAGCUAUCUUUCGUCACUGAGUUCUGGCAUCAAAGACUACAAAUACGAGAAUGGUCGCCGUUACCAUUCUUUUCGUGAGGGAAGCUAUUUAGUCCCAAACGAUGAAAAAGAACAAGAUCGUAUGGACUUUCUGCACCAUAUUUAUGGUCUUAUCUUGGAUGGAAAGCUUCAGAAGGCACCGAUCGACCAAAAUAUCCAACGGGUGUUGGACAUCGGUACCGGAACAGGGAUUUGGGCCAUUGAGUUUGCAGACGAAUACCCUUCUGCUCAUGUAAUUGGGACAGACUUAAGCCCAAUACAACCGACCUGGGUCCCGCCAAACUGCCAAUUUGAAAUUGAUGACUACGAAUCUCCUUGGUUGUUCCGCACUCCGUUUGACUAUAUCCAUGCCCGUGAGCUUGAGGGAUGUAUUGCAGACGAAGAUAAGCUCUUCCGUGAAGCCUUUCAGCAUCUGAAGCCUGGUGGUUAUUUUGAAAUAGAGGGCUCCUCCUCACACCUUUCGUCUGAUGACGGCACCCAUGAAAAGGCCGAGUACAACCAACUUUGGUUCAAAGAGGGACGGAACAGUGCCAAGAGCUUUGGAAAACUCGCUGACAACGCGCCCACUUGGAAGGCAAAGUUGGAAAAGGCAGGUUUUGUGGACGUAAAGGAGUUUGUCUUCAAGCUUCCCUUCGGCCCGUGGCCCAAAGAUCCUAAGCUUAAAGAAAUCGGAAGAUACCAGCAAGUGCAACAGGUGCAGGCUAUCGAAUCCUAUACCCCUGGAUUUUUGACUCGUAUCGGUGGCUGGGAGCCGGAGGAGGCGCAGGUAUUAAUAGCAAAGGUCCGCAAGGAACUUAGUGAUUCCUCGCUCCACAUGUAUGUUCCGAUUUACUUUGUGUGGGGACGGAAGCCUCUGUGA